AUGAUGCGUCUUAAGGGUAUCACGAUGGCUACCAAACUGAUAUUGACCAUUAUCUCUGGUGCGGCUUUGGUUUCUGGUGCUUCCAGUGUCAGGAGGGACUUGGAUGCCGUCGCCGAGGAAUACGACUACAUCAUUGUAGGAGGUGGGACGAGCGGGCUUGUGGUGGCCAACAGGCUUAGUGAGAACCGUGACAAAACCGUCUUGGUCAUCGAGUACGGCGACUUCCCCAACACCAUCAACGUCACCGUACCAUUCUUCACCACCUACGACCAGUCUUCACGCCUUUACAAUGUCACCAGUGUACCACAGGUUCAUCUCGGCAACCGCACAUCACGACUUCGCAUCGGCGCCACGGUCGGUGGAGGAUCUAGCGUCAACGGGAUGGCGUGGGAUCGCGGGUCAGUAGCCGACUACGAUGCUUGGGAAGCGCUCGGCAACCCCGGCUGGAACUGGGAUACCAUGUUGAAGUAUUUUCGCAAGUCUUCGACUUUUGAGCCUCCUGCGAAAGAGUAUGUCGACAAGUACGGUUACGAGUGGAGUGCGGAUGCGUAUGGCAACGGUCCUGUGAGGGUUGGAUUGCCGUCCUGGCAGUGGCCGGUGGCCGCUCUUCAAACUCGUUCUUGGGUUGAAGACAUCAAAGCGCCAAAGCUGAAGGACGGAGCAGACGGUAAUAACGUCGGCAUCGCGUGGCUACCGCAGAACUCAGGUGGGAAGAACGGCACCCGCUCGACCUCGGAAACGGCAUACUUCAAUACUGUCAGCGAUCGUAAGAAUCUUCACUUGAUUGUUCGUCAUUAUGGUGGUGCGAUUAAGUUUGAGGGCAACGUUACGGCUGGUAUCGAUGUCGCGAGUCGGGACGGAACGAGGACGCGGUUCGUGAGAUCCAGGAAUAUCAUUCUAGCUGCCGGCGCGGUCAACACCCCGCGCAUCCUUCAACUGUCUGGUAUCGGUCCGUCGAAGCUUCUCAAAGGUCUCGGGAUUGAGGUCAAAGUGGACGCUCCUGGUGUGGGCGCCAACUUUCAAGACCACCCCUCCGUCUUUAUGGCGUAUGACUUUUCCAACGAUACAUCGGUCAACCCGAAGCUGAUGAACAACGCAACCUUCUACAAUCAGUCAUGGGCGGAAUACCAGGCAAACAAGACCGGACCUCACACACAUGCGUGGGGAAACAAGGUCGUGUUCACGUCCUUGCAAGAUCUCGACUCCCAGAACUAUCAGUACAUCACCGAACAGCUUGGCCGACAAGAGCCGCUGCAGUACCUUCCACUCGUCUACGCGGAGAAUCCAGCUUUGGUUCAGGGUUAUAUCCAACAACGAGACGUCAUGAAAAAGCACUUCCUCAACCCGAAGGCCGGCGUUGUUGAAAUCACCUUCGGCGGCGCCGAGAACGUCCCCGUGGCCCUCCAGAAGCCCCUCUCCAGAGGAACCAUCGUAAUCAACACCACCAACCCAGAUCCCUCCAUCCCACCUCUCGUCGACUUCAACACCAUCGCCAACCCGGUCGACGGCGUCAUCCUAGUACGCGCCGUAUCCAAAGCCAGGGCGUUCAUGUUGAGCCCUAGUCUGGCUUCCAUUGCGGCUGUGGAGGUGAUGCCUGGUCUUGGAGCAUCGAGUGACGUCCAGAUCGAGACGAUGAUGCGGGAGUCGUGGUUGUCUUCAAGUUUUGAUCAUCCUGCUGGAACUGCGGCUAUGAUGCCGAGGGAAUGGGGAGGUGUGGUUGAUAGCAAGUUGAGAGUGUAUGGCGUGGAGGGAUUGUGGGUUGUUGAUUCGAGUAUAAUGCCCGUCCUGCCGGCCGCUCAUACGCAGGCUACGGUCUAUGCGGUUGCGGAGUACGCUGCUGAUCUCAUCAAAUCGUCUGGAAACAAGACGCGGAGCGCUAUAUGA